AUGAGGAGCUGCUGCCUGUUGGCGCCCGAGGAGCCUCCGCGGCGCGCCCCGCCUCUGCCCACCAUGCCCGCUGCCCAUGCCGACCAGAGCCCGCGGAUCCGGGAAGUUUGGGCUUGCAACCUGGACGAGGAGAUGAAGAAAAUGCGACCCGUUAUCCAGCAGUACAAUUACGUAGCUAUGGACACGGAGUUCCCAGGUGUGGUGGCCAGACCCGUGGGGGAAUUCAGAAGCUAUGCCGACUACCAGUAUCAGCUGCUGAGAUGCAAUGUGGACUGGCUGAAGAUCAUCCAGCUGGGACUGACGUUUAUGAAUGAGCAAGGAGAGUGCCCUCCAGGAACCUCCACGUGGCAGUUCAAUUUCAAAUUCAAUUUGAAGGAGGACAUGUAUGCGCAAGACUCCAUCGAGCUCCUCACCAUGUCAGGGAUCCAGUUCAAGAAGCACGAGGAGGAGGGCAUCGAGGCACAGUAUUUUGCGGAGCUCCUGAUGACAUCAGGAGUGGUGCUGUGUGAAGGGGUCAAGUGGCUCUCCUUCCACAGUGGUUAUGACUUUGGCUAUUUCAUCAAGAUCCUCACCAACUCUCCCUUGCCCGAAGAAGCCCACGACUUCUUCGAGAUCCUUCGACUCUUCUUUCCCGUCAUCUAUGACAUCAAGUACCUCAUGAAGAGCUGCAGAAACCUCAGGGGUGGACUGCAGGAAGUGGCCACUCAGCUGGAGCUGGAGCGCAUUGGCUCCCAGCACCAGGCGGGGUCCGAUUCCUUGCUCACGGGUAUGGCCUUUUUCAAAAUGAGAGAAAUGUUCUUCGAAGACCACAUUGACGAUGCCAAGUAUUCUGGAUACUUGUACGGUCUUGGUUCUGGAGCAUCCCACGUCCACAAGAAGGCCCACAGCGGGGCGCACAAUGGCUUCCAGAACGGCUACCAGAACAGCUUCCAGAACGUCCAGUAUGUCCACUAUGGCAGAGAACCAGUGUGGAGAGCAGACCAGCAAGCAUUCAUGAGCAUGCAAGAUAUGCCACCAUUUGAGGUUGAGGACCAUCAAUUCUACCCCUAUGGAGAGUGA